UGCAAGGCUGCGAGGAGGCAUCAAGAAGGAAAUUAACUUUUCUCAUCGCUAAGAGAUUUUUGUCUCUGCUAAGUUUCCAAACAAGUUCUCGGACCUUUUUUAUUUGAUUUCUCAACUCUUCGCGCUCUGCUGUUAUCUGGAUACGAUGGCCAGCUCGGGACUGCAGCUCCUCGGUUUCUUCCUCUCACUGGUCGGUCUCGCCGCCACUGUCGGCGCUACUUUGAUGGUGGAAUGGAAGAAGCAGUACCAGGGCAAGACUCACCGCGUGUUCGAGGGCUUGUGGAUGAGCUGCAGUGGCAACGUGAGAACAACCUGUGAAUUUCACCAGUACCUCCUGAAGCUGCCAACUGAGGUCCAGGCUACCAGGGCCGUGAUGCUGCUCAGCAUCUUCCUCUCCACUGUGGCGCUGUUGACGUCCACAGUGGGAAUGAAGUGCACCCGCUUCAUGGACGGCAAAGCUGAGAGCAAAUCCACAACAGCUAUGGUCGGAGGAAUCAUGUUCAUGGUUGCAGGUUUAUUGACCUUCAUCAUAACCUCCUGGUACGUCAAAAUGAUUGUUCAGAUCGUCAAUGAAUCUCAUCGCCUGCAGAGCUUUGAGUUCGGUAAUGCCGUGUUUGUCAGCUGGGCUGGCGGCCUCCUCACUAUGGCUGGCGGUGCUUUCCUGAGCUGUCGGAGAUGCUCGCGGUCCCAGUCCACCGUGUCCAUCAGCUCCAACCACCUCUUCUCCACCACCCACCCAAAGUCCAACUACGUUUAGUGGAGGAGAGCAGCGGAGAGGCUUUGAUACAGUCAGCGCUGAAUUUACCAACAGGAGCAGGUUGUGUUACGAUGACGACAAACUGUAGGAUUAUAAAUACUACCUGCUGAACAUCAAGUUAGUAACCAGGAUCAGGAUUACACACAAGAUCAAGCUGUUUGUUCUGACUUUCAAUCGCAUUUCAUACAGUAGCUUGAAUUCUUCUGGUUCAGCACAACACUUGUUUGGUUGUUACUUAGAUGUUGUCAGUCAUUUUUUUUCCAUUGAAAGUUUAAAAGUAAGGAUUACAUUUGUAAUUGAUAAAAAAAAGAAAUACAAAUAUCAUAUAAAGUAAUCAAUAUGCUGCAGGAAUGAGUCCUAAAACCCUGACAAAUCCCAUUGGCUUUGUAUCGAGGUAACCGGUGCGACGCUAACUUCCAGGUUGGCCAACAAAAACACGUCAUUGCUGCAGCACUCGGUUCUUCCAGGUCCUGAUUCCUGAACUUUGUCAGCCUGUUUGUGUAAUUAUGAAUUCACCAAGUUCCUUGUCACAACUACCAAUGAAGAACACUUGUUUCAAUAGUUUGCAGUGUAGAACCAAAGUUUUGACACUUGAUUGGAAGAUCUUUUCAGGUGUACAUUGCUGUACAAUUCGUUCCACUUCAGUUUCACACUGGUGUUAAUAUAGGUUUGUUUGUGCGAUGUUCUUCGUUAGUUUUUAUAUUGUCUUGCCGUAUUUUCAUGUAAUUUUGCUGCUGUUAUGUUAUGUUACGAUGCUGUUAUGUGAUGUAGCACAUUCUGUGGCCGUUUGAAAGACGUUUUGAAAAUAAAAAUAAAAUAUGUUUGUGUU